AUGGUGGACAAGGUAAUGACCAUCAGAACUAGGAAGUUCGUGACCAACAGACUCUCUAGAAAACAAUUUGUAAUUGAUGUUCUUUAUCUAGAGAGACCCAAUGUUUCCAAGGCUGAGCUGAAGGAGAAGCUGUCAAGGAUGUAUGAAGUAAAAGACCCAAACUCAAUCUUUGUUUUCAAGUUCCAAACUCACUUUGGAGGUGGAAAGUUAAUUGGUUUUGGUUUGAUUUAUGGUUCCAUUGAGAAUGCAAAAAAAUAUGAACCCAAGUAUAGGCUCAUCAGGAAUGGACUUGAUACCAAGGUAGAGAAGUUGAGAAAGCAGUUGAAGGACGAAUAGGG